GGAGGGCAGUCACGUGAGUCAGGCUGUGGCGCCCAGCUCCGCGCUGUCAUGGUGGCACCGACGUAUGGCUCCCCGGGCGGCCGCCUGGCCCGGGCGCUGACGCGGGCGCUGGCGCUGGCCCUGGUGCUGGCCCUACUGGUCGGGCUGUUCCUGAGCGGCCUGACCAGCGCGAUCCCGACCCCAAAGGGCUACCGGGGAAGCGGCAGUCCGGUCCCACCCGCCUCCCGCAGCCGCUCGGUGCUCCUGGACACUGAGACGGGCCAGCUGCGCCUGGUGGAUGGCCGCCACCCUGACGCCGUGGCCUGGGCCAACCUUACCAACGCCAUCCACGAGAACGGGUGGGCCUUUCUGGAGCUGCACACGAAUGGCCACUACAAUGACAGCCUGCAGGCCUACGCAGCAGGCGUGGCGGAGGCCGCCGUGUCCGAGGAGCUCAUCUACAUGCACUGGAUGAACACGGUGGUUAAUUACUGCGGCCCCUUCGAGUAUGAAGUCAGUUACUGCGAGAGGCUCAAGAACUUCCUGGAGGCCAACCUGGAGUGGAUGCAGGAGGAGAUGGAGUUGAACAAGGACUCUGCUUAUUGGCACCAGGUGCGGCUGACCCUCCUGCAGCUGAAAGGCCUAGAGGACAGCUAUGGAGGCAGUGUGACCUUUCCAACUGGGAAGUUCACCAUCAAACCCUUGGGGUUCCUCCUGUUGCAGAUCUCUGGGGACCUCGAAGACUUAGAGCUGGCCCUGAAUAAAACCAAGACCAAGCAUGCCAUGGGCUCUGGCUCCUGCUCUGCCCUCAUCAAGCUGCUGCCUGGCCACAGUGACCUCCUGGUUGCCCACAACACCUGGCACUCCUACCAGUACAUGCUGCGCAUCAUAAAGAAGUACUGGUUCCAGUUCAGAGAAGGGCCUCACGAAGACCCCAUCCCGGCUCCUGGCAACAGAGUGAUCUUCUCUUCCUACCCUGGUACCAUUUUCUCCUGUGAUGACUUCUACAUCCUGGGCAGCGGACUGGUGACCCUGGAGACCACCAUUGGUAAUAAGAACCCGGCCCUGUGGAAGUACGUGCAGCCCAAGGGUUGUGUGCUGGAGUGGGUACGCAACAUCGUGGCCAACCGCCUGGCCUUAGAUGGGGACUCCUGGGCUGAUAUCUUCAAGAGGUUCAACAGUGGCACGUACAACAACCAGUGGAUGAUCGUGGACUACAAGGCCUUCUUCCCCGGUGGGCCCAGCCCCGGGCGGAGGGUGCUCACCGUUCUGGAGCAGAUCCCGGGCAUGGUGGUGGUGGCUGACAAGACCUCGGAGCUCUACCAGAAGACCUACUGGGCCAGCUACAACAUCCCGUCCUUUGAGUCCGUGUUCAACACCAGCGGGCUGCCGGCCCUGGUGGCCCACUACGGGGACUGGUUCUCCUACAACGGGAGCCCCCGGGCCCAGAUCUUCCAGCGGAACCAGUCACUGGUGCAUGAUCUGGACUCCAUGAUCCGGCUUAUGAGAUACAACGACUUCCUGCACGACCCCCUGUCACUGUGCAAAGCUUGCAAGCCCCAGGCCAACGGCGAGAACGCCAUCUCGGCCCGAUCCGACCUCAACCCAGCCAAUGGCUCCUACCCCUUCCAGGCCCUGCAGCAGCGCUCCCACGGGGGCAUCGACGUGAAGGUGACCAGCAUGGCCCUGGCCAGGGUGUUUGGCCUCCUGGCGGCCAGUGGACCCACGUGGGACCAGCUGCCUCCAUUCCAGUGGAGCACCUCUCCCUUCAGCCACCUGCUGCACAUGGGCCAGCCUGACCUCUGGAAGUUCUCUCCUAUCGAGGUCUCAUGGGACUGAGGCUCCAGCUCUGCUCUGCUGCCUUCUGUCCUUGCUGACCCCAGCAGGGACCGCCCAACUGACUGCCACCCUGACCUCCUGCCUGCCCCCCCACACCCCAAUUGGGCGAUGCCCUCUGCUAGGGCCAGAUCAGGGACCCAGAUCAGCUAGGUUCAGGCUUGCCUUGGUGGCCUCCUGCGUGGCGCCCAGAACCCCAAGGAGGGAGCCAAAUCUGACACUCCCAAGUUGGUCCCCUCUCCUCUGCCUCUCUGUCCCUGCUUCUCGCUCUCUCUUCCAACCCCUGGGCCCCUUCCACAUGCUGGCUAGAGGCUGGAGAGGGGUCCUGGGAUCAGGUUCUGGGCCCCACUGGGGCCAGCAGGAGAGGCCUGUCCCAGUGCCUCCCUCCCAGUGUCAUUCCUGGAGCUUGUGGGGUUUCAGUCCCCGAGGCCUGGGUGCUGCCUCCGGUUGGUGUUGGCCUUGCUCUUCCCAGCCCUCAGCCCCUUUGCCCCCUCAGGAAGCAGCUCCCGUUUCUUCUCCUGGCUGGCUUCCUUGAGCACAGAAACUUGAAAACAAAAACCAAAGUUUCUGGCCACUUGUGGCUGAAGGGGCCCAAGUGUCCUCUCUCCAGGGGCAGGCAGGAGUGUCAGCCCCCAUGCUCCAGCCUCAUGCCCCUGCCCCCCACCAGGGCCUGCCUCUGGCCUCAGGGCAGUGCAAGCAGGUCCCCUGCUGUGAGAACCAAAUCGCAGGCUGUGCUGCCAUUAAACAAGAGAGGCCAUGGCCCUUGUGCUGUGCUUCAUGGGUCAGUGGGAAAUGCUGGGUUGGCAUCCUUUCUCUUCUCAGAUGUGAGUUCUGCACCAUGCAUCUUCCUGUCCACUUUCUAUCUGUCCAUCUACCCAUUAAUUCAUCUGCCAACCCACCUACCCCCUUGUCCAUCUGCACCGUCAUCCAUCCAUCCAUCCAUCCAACCAUUUUCCAAUCAUCCAUCCAUCCAGCCAUCAUCCAUCUAGUGACCCAUCUUACCCAUUCAUAUCUGUCUGACCACCCAUAUAUCCAUGUGUUUAUUGAA